GGGGGUCGGGAUGAAUUUGGGGCCGGGAUCCUCCUGGGGUCGGGAUCUUUGUGGGGUCACUCGCCGUGACUCACAUCCUUCCCCGCUGCCGUCCCCGCCACGGCCCGCGGCUGUCCCCACGGCCGGGGCCCCGCGGCUUCCUCCCCGCCGGCCCCCCGCUUGUCCCUGGCAGGGCGGGGUGUCCCUCGGGGGGACGGGGACACCGCGGCGCCCGCGGGCCCUGCGUCAGCACCGGCAGCGGCUUCAAAACGCGCAGCGGGGAAGGAAGUGGGAGCCGAGGCCGGCGCGAUGUCGGAGCUGGAGCGGCUGCGGCAGAGCGACAUCCCCGCGGGCCGGCAGCGGCUGCGGGAGCAGCACGGCAACCUGCUGCGGGUGGCCGACUACUGCCACAGCAACUACCUGCAGGCCAGCGACAAGAGGAAGGCGCUGGAGGAGACGAUGGCUCUGAGCACGCAGUCCCUGGCCAGCGUCACCUACCAGGUCAGCAGCCUGGCCACCGCCUUCUUGCGCCUGCUGGACCUGCAGGCGGCCCAGCUGCGCCGGGUGGAGGCUGACAUCGCCUGCGUGGCACAGAGCGUGGACAUCCACAAGGAGAAGGUGUCGCGCCGCGAGAUCGGCGCGCUGACCGUCACCAAGAGGUUCCCGAGCUGCCAGAAGGUCGUGGCCCCCCCGGACCCCCCCGUGCUGGAGCCUUACUACAGGAAACCCCUCAACUUCAGCGCGCUGGACGACGUCGGCCACGGGGUCAAGGACACCAGCACGCAGCUGUCCCGCACCGGCACCCUGGCUCGGAAAAGCACCAAAUCCUGCUCGGCGCAGGCUGCGGGAACGCUGGGGAGGAGCGGCCGUGUCCCCGAGCCCGUGCAGCCGCCCGUGGUCCCCGCGGGGAAGCUCCCGAGCAGCUCCUGCGGCUCCUCCCCGCAGCCCCUCAGCUCCAGCGGGGCCCCGGCAGCUCCUGGGGACGGAAUUCCUGCCCCGCCACCACCGCCAGGGCCACCCCUGCUGGCACCGUCCCCGCCGGGGCCACCCCCUCCUGCCACUGCCAUCCCACCUCCACCGCCCCUCCCUGGGGACCUGCUGCCACCCCUCCCUGGGGACCUCCUGCCACCCCUCCCUGGGGACCUGGCAGUGCCCCCACUGGAUCUCCCACCCCCAGCCCCCGAUGACCUGGAGCUGCCGCCACCCCCCUCAGCUGUGCCUGACUUUGGGGACCUGGCCCUGCCACCGCCACCAGCCGCAGAGGACCCCCCGUGGGCCCCGGGCAGCUACCUGUAGAAAGCGGUGUCCCCGCUCCCGUCCCACGGCAGGAGGACACCGAGCUGUGCCGGGAGCCGCUGUCGGUCUCGUCGUUGCCGGGGCCCCGCGCCCGCCGCGCCUCGGGGCUCCUCGGGAUUUCGGCUGCGGCCCCGCCGGGAAUGCCCGGGGAUCGCGGCCGGGCCGGGGGCACGGCUGGCACAGCUUCCAGAACAUUCCCGCUCUGCCCCGGGCCUCCCUGGGAGGGCUCGGAGCCGGGACACGGAGCUGGGAACGCGGCAGCGCGGGAGCUGAUCCCGGGGGACAGCCCUGCAUCCCUGAGCUGGAUCCCUGAGCUGGAUCCCCGAGCUGGAUCCCAACCCUGCAUCCCCGAGCUG